AUGAGAUGGUUUGCAAGUAAGCUGUUGGUACUGCUGUCGUUGGCUUCUUUAGUUUGGGGGAAUACAGAGUCUUUCUUUCUAAAAGUACCAAAGGACUUCCCGAUCAGGCCUGCUGAUCAAAAGGAUGGUCAAUUCACCACAGUGAUCUCGCUGGAGCAUUCCAAUAAUGCGAAGAUAACAUAUGAAGCGGAGAUUGGUCGGCGCAGGCUUGAAUUUAUCGAAUUACAGCACUUACAAGUCGACGAGACCUACCAGGUCAAGAUAUGUUGGAGUGCAUUGGAUCCCAUCUCGAUUGGGGAGAUGGACUGGUUCAUUGUACCGCACUCCACCAGUUUUGAAGGCACUGUCAGCGAAGGCGCCCGUAUUUUCAUACAAUUCGCUGUAACAAAUGACUCUUAUCCUCCGAUGGAGGCUGGCACAGUAGUGCCGAUCAAUGUAUCAGUUAUAAACUGCAAGCUAGGAAUACCUGUGGACCUUUAUGGGGUGAUAAUAUAUAUAGCCAUCAUCGUGGCCUCUGUGGCUUUCCUAAGCAAGAAGAUCAACCUAUGCGGCAUGAUUAGAAGAUAG